ACCAAGUCACUUCAUUAACACGACAAGAGAUUCAAAAUUUGUUUGAAGAAUUUCUUAAGAAUAUAAUAAGACCAGAAUCAGACAUAUAUAGUAAAGAUGAGCAAACCCAAGACAGAGGUUGGUCAACUCAAGGCCAAUCAAAUAGAGAUCGAUCAAGAUCUCAAGACUGA